GAUUCCAGAGGGGCGACUACCACAUUGAUGUCUGCAUCAAUGACUACCUGGAUGUGUUCUGCCCUCACUACGAAGAUUCAGUUCCGGAAGAUAAGACCGAACGCUAUGUUCUGUACAUGGUGAACUUUGAUGGCUACAGCUCCUGCGAUCACACUUCCAAAGGGUUCAAGAGGUGGGAAUGUAAUCGGCCGCAUUCCCCAAAUGGACCUUUGAAGUUCUCGGAAAAGUUCCAGCUCUUCACGCCCUUCUCUCUAGGAUUUGAGUUCAGGCCAGGCCGGGAAUAUUUCUAUAUCUCUUCUGCAAUCCCAGGUAAUGGAAGGAGAUCCUGUCUAAAGCUUAAGGUCUUUGUGCGACCAGCAAACAGCUGUAUGAAAACUAUAGGUGUUCAUGAUCGUGUUUUCGAUGUUAACGACAAAGUAGAAAAUUCAUUAGAACCAGCAGAUGAUACCGUACAUGAGUCAGCUGAACCAUCCCGUGGUGAGAACGCAGCACAGACACCAAGGAUACCGAGCCGGCUUUUGGCAACUCUAUUGUUCCUCUUGGCAAUGCUUUUGAUAUUAUAGCACAGUAUGCUCCGGUAACCUGUCACAGAAAAUACGAGGGUCUUGGAACAUCAAAGAUCCACCUAACUCAUCAUCCCAGGAAAGGGACUUUAUUGUUUUUGCAGAUGUCAAAUUGUUAUUUUUCCCUUUUCCCUUUUCUUCUCCCUUUAGCCUGAACUCAGCAAAAAUUUGAAGGGGAUAACUAGCUUCAGCACCCACCCCUACCUACCCUUGACUUUCUUAACCCCUCCAUAUAAAUAAAAGGACUCCAAAUGAAAAUGCCAAA